AUGGCACAGAGCCGACCCCUGGGUUCUGCACUAAGCUAUAUAAGAGAGAGAGCAGCAGGACACUCAGCACAGACACAGCACCCUGCAUACAGGGAGGAGAGUGACUACUCAACACAACUAUACAGAGGUACUCACAGGGUAAGACUGAGAUCCAGUCACCUUCUCUUUCCCUGUUGACACAUCUUUGAACUUUACUAUUAACAUUGUUCUUUCAACAGACAGAUUUUCUUUUUAAGUUAACAUUUUUUAUAGACGAUUUGGAGGUGCUGAAUGCAAGUUCAGCUUCUGUUCUUUGAGUGUUGGUUUAAAUUCAAUUGAUGCACAUUUGUGAGUUCAGACAUUUCAUAAAAUACUGUAAGACAUUCUCAUUAGUCUGUGUGAACUUGAAAGACAGUUUGACGUAUUGACAGACAAUAGGUUUCAGCUUGCAUGUGUGUAGCUAUGAGUAUUUGUGUGUGAUUGUGCAAGGAGGUAGCCUAUUCAUGGAAGUAAGUCAGUGUCUGCGUGGCUUUUCAUGGGAUAUAAUUUGUGUAUGUAAGUCUGUGUGUGUGUGUCUGUGUGUGUGAGUGUGUGCAUGUGUUUUCUAUUUGGCUUGUGUAGCCCUGUGUUUGGUCAAUGGAUGCAGAAACGUUUUAGUGUUCCCUUGACACCAAGUGAUGGCUAGCACAGAUGUGUCAUCUGAGAGGGGUUCUGCACAUCCAUAAUGUUCUUUCAUUCUGUAUGUUUCUGCAUCCUCCUCUAGUGUCACUCAUAGAGACCUCAAAGUGUGAGAAGGAUAAAAAGAAUGAUUAUAGUUUUAUUUGAUCAAUCUGUCAUAUUCUGCUUGGGGUAUUUGACCACCAAUAUACUGUAUGUUUUUGAAAUUACUGUUGAUCUCCUCAGUGAAAAGAUGCAUUUAAUUACUGUCACCAGGGUGUAGAUCAGUGGAGGCUGGUGGGAGGAGCUAUAGGAGGACAGUCUCAUUGUAAUGGCUGGAAUGGUAUUAAUGGAACGUUGUCAAACAUGGUUUCCAUAUGUUUGAUACCUUUCCAUUUAUUCCAUUCCAGCCAUUACAAUGAGACUGUCCUCCUAUAGCUCCUCCCUCCAGCCUCCUCUGGUGGAGAUCCUCUACUUGACAUGUUUGAGACAUUUAAAGAGACCUAAUAUUCCAUCCAGGGAAUCAUAUGCAAUAGAAAAUAAAAGCAUUUAAUUUAAUACUGUGGACCACAAAGUUACACUCUACUGUUUUUGAUAAUCUGCCAGGAAUGAUUCUGGCUAAGUAUUUCCAUUUCCCCUCUACAGGAGGUGUUGGUAGACCAUUCUUAGUGUUGUCGUGCCUGGCGUGAGGGUCAUUACCACAAGGUCACAGGUCAGAGGCAACAGCAGAGUGCCAGGAUGUGCUGCCUGUCAACAUGGGCUCUCCUCCUAGCUCUGGGAGUCACCACUACGGCACAAGGUUGGUCUUCAUUAGCAGUUACUAUUUACAUUCCCCUUACACAUCCCUAACACGUGCACACACACAGAUCCCUAACAAACACACACACACAAGAACGCUCGUGCACACAGCUCGGUUUGGGAGUUGUAACUCCAUAAUUCAUUCACAAGGCUCAGCUUGGGAAUUGCAACUAUUAUUUCAACUGGAAAACGUUAACAAUUUUUUCAACGUGUCAAAACGUAAACCAGGAUGAUAUCCUGUGUGUGGAAAUUCGAUUAUCAUUGAUCAUUUCAUUAUACAGUUGAGAGUAUUAUCUCAUGUGAAUUUGAGAAAAGUCAGAACAGAGGUCUCCUUGGGACAUAGACAGCAGCCUGGUGAUCUUCUGACUCUACAGAAGCCUAUACUCCUUCUUCUCCCAAACCAUUGGUAGACAGAGGCAUAUUGUUGCACGUCCCCAUUACUGAUUCUGAUCCACAUCCUUAAGUAGGCGGGAUAUGUUUAAGGCCAAGGCUAAGGAGACACUCUCUGCAAUUGGCCACACAAGUAUGUGCCAGUAGUAUGCUUAUACUGAGCCCCAAUGUGAACUCAGAACGAUUAUAGCGUUUGGUGGGUACUGUAACUGCAAUGGUCUGUGAAAAGUCAAAAUAUGCAUUAUGUAACACCGUACACUACAAAUGUCAGUCUGUAAAUCAGAAUGAAAAAUCUAUCUCUUGGUUUCAGUGACAUUAGUACAAAGCAGUUGAUUGUUUGCAGCUGAGAGUAACGAUGGGACAUAAAUGUAAAAUAUAUAUAAUGACUCUUUUUAAACUCUUGUAGCCUUUUCACUGUUGGUCCACAACAUAUUUCCUUGACCGCUUUGAAACGCUAUUGGCACUUUCAUGUGUUGGAGCAAUUCAUUUGAUUUCCAAAGUACACAGGGCAAAUCACCAGAAAGAGAUUAGAGUGUGGCAUUACGUGAAGAGAAAGUACAAGUCGUUAUAUAUUGUUCCAUGACUCAGAGUAUAGUUGAAAAGUUGAACGAUUUGAAAGAUACAGAUUCUUUCCCAUUGCUUUACGGGUGACCAUAAUACUCUAGGAAGAAAUAGCCAGAGGUUUGGUCCGUCUGGUCUGAGGUUUGGCCAGUCUGGUCAGCAUUGAGGCAUUGGUCAGUGAUGUCACAACAGGUCAAUCAUGAGUCAUCAUGAGGUGAUGUUUUAUAGGAACAUGGAGAAGAGACAGUUCGAGAGUUGCGAGACAAAACAACCCUGCAGUGUACAACUCUGAAGGUAACAUUUAACAUCCCAAAAUACAUCUCUUUACACAAUUGUCACGACUGUGGCUUUAAGUCCAGAUUGUCGCUUUAAGUCUGGUUAAUGUCUAUGUAAUAAUAUAGUAUGAAGAACUAUAACUUUCAGAAUUACAGCCCAAUGGCACCAGUCAUGUUUACAGCAGCAGAGAAAUUAGCUAAAAAAUGCAAUGCAAUUGUUUUAUGGCCAAAGAGGAAACACUGUAACUAUAUUAUUUUAUUUUCAUCAUUCUGAAGUAGUAUUCAUUGUGCGACAUUCUGUGUCCAGAUGACUAUGAGUGGACCACUUGGUUCAACGUGGAUCACCCUGGAGGUCGAGGAGACUAUGAGCAGUUGGACGCUAUCCGUUUCUACUACCGCGCGCGGGUGUGUGACGCCCCCCGGGCCCUGGAGGCUCGCACCACUGACUGGAUCCCCGCUCGCAACACGGGGGAGAAGAUCCACGCAGACCCUACCCUGGGCUUCUGGUGCGCCAACGCUGAGCAGGCCCCUGGUCGCAACUGCUCCAACUACGCUGUGCGCUUCCUGUGCCCCAAAGGUCAGUCUGGUAUGUGUGGCUGGGAGCCUUACAUUAAAUACAGUUGAGAAGUAGCUACUGUAUUAUGUAAAAUAAAACUGUUCUAUAAUAGUGAAAGCCAUAAUUUAUCCUCCAAGCAACAUUUCUAGCUACUGCAAUUAUAUCGGUAUUUUGUAAUGGAGUGAAAACCUAUUUUCAAUCAGGCAACACUGGGUCAGAAGGCUCUCAGGAUGCCUGGGGUCCUUGGUCAGACUGGAGCCAUUGCUCUGCCAAGUGUGGCCAGGUGGCAAUGCAGGUGCGCUCCAGGAAAUGCCAGUCCCAACCUAAGCAGUGGGAUAAGCAGUGCAGCGGACCUACGGUGGAGGGUAGAGCCUGCAAAGGACCUGAAUGCCCUGGGACUGGUGAGUUGCUCUCAACAUCUCCAUUACAGCUAUUACAUAUCUUUGAAACCUCUGUAAUGUCACAGUACCAUUUGCAUUUUAUUCUAGAAAUGGUCAUAGCUGAACCAAUGUACAAAGGCACUGUCUGACAUGCUGAACUGUAUUGCUGCUGUUGUUCCAGGUUGCACACUGCACUGUGAGAUGGGUAGGAUGAAUGUGGAGUGUGACGCCUGUAUGUGUCAGGACCACAUUGUACUGGGCUCUGUCCGCAGUGCUGGAGGUCUCCCUGCCCCAGGGGCCACCAUCCUCCGCUUCGGCCCCAGCUCCAAACUCCUCACCCUCACCGAUCACAAUGGACACUUCCGCAUCCCAGGGAUCUGUCCCGACGGCAAUGCCACACUGACCGUCCAGCUGCGGAACCACGCCCCUCACACUGUCAUCGUGCCCCACAGCACCGAACGCACCUCUGUCCUCAGUAUCAUGCUGAAUAGAGCAGGUAAAAUGGCCACAAAAAAAGUAAUGAAAGCUGACAUUGUUACAAUUCUGUUUUACAUGUUACAAUUCUCUGUUUUACACUGGUCUCACACACUGUAAUGUGGAUCCCUCAGAGAAGCUCCAUGUGGUGAAGAACCCUGAGAACAAGGCCAGAAGAGAGGGCCAGACAGCUGCUCUCUGCUGCAAAGUGGGUGGAUCACCAGAGCCAGAAGAGUACCAGUGGUAAGCCAAUGGAUCUGUAAUGACCGCUUGGAAAAUGUUAUAUAUUUACCAUAUCAAAAUCAAAGUUUUUGCUGGGUAUAGUGUUCAACAGUCAUCUGUAAUUCGGUAGGUUUCACAACGGCAGCCUGCUGGACAGGAAGCAGCUGAACUAUGACAGCACGCUGGUCUUAAGAAACCUGAGCAUGGAGCAGACUGGGGAGUACUACUGCAGAGCCAGCAACCAGGCUGGGGCCAUCAAGUCCAAACCAGCCAUAGUCACAGUCUUAGGUUUGAUCUCAAAGCACCACGGGUGAUAUUCACACAUUCAUACUUACUAUUUGAACAGCCAUUUGCAUGACAUCAGUCAAUGAUCAGAGGGAGAAUGAAAGGGUAUUGAUUUUCUCAUAAAAUAAUUCCAUUGUAUAAUCUGUAAAUAUUUUAACAUGUGUUGGUCUGUUUUCUACCCCUUUCUCCUCACAGGUAAAGAUCAACCUUCAUGUAACCCGAAACCCGAAUCCUACCUUAUUCGCCUACCUCAUGACUGCUACCAAAACAGCACCGGCUCUCUCUAUUACGACGUAGGAAAGUGCCUCUCAGGAACCUGUGCAGGACAGCUGGACAAUGGAAUCAGGUGCAAGGACUCAGUGGCAUACUGCUGUGGGGUGGCAAAGAUGGAGGAGAAACAACUAAAAUGCCAGGGCUAUGAGCUCACCACCAUGGUGGUGACCGAGUGUGGCUGCCAGAAAUGUGUGGAGACCAAAGCCAUUGUGCGUGGGCGGGCUGUGGCCGCAGACACUGGAGAGCCCAUGAGAUUUGGUCACGUCUACAUAAAUGGAGCCAGAGUCAGCCGCACAGGCUACCAAGGCACCUUCUCCAUCCAGGUCCCCCAUGACACUGAGAGGCUGGUGAUGACCUUUGUGGACAACAUGGAUAAGUUCGUCAACACCACCAAGGUUCUUCCAUUCAACACCAAAGGGGGCGCCGUCUACCAUGAGAUCAAGCUUUUGAGGAAGAAGGAACCAGUGACCAUCAGCUCAACAGAGCUCAACACUCUUCAGCUGGGAGAGGUGGAGGGCCAGGAUCCUAUUGCUGAGAUCCAGAUCCCACCCAACUCCUUCUACAAGCAGAGUGGAGAAGUAUUUGUGGGUAAUGUGAAGGCUAGCAUCACUUUUCUGGAUGCUAGAGACGUGUCCACAGCAGCAGCCGCACAGAGUGACCUCAACUUCGUAGGCGAUGAGGGAGACACCUUGCCCCUGAGAACCUACGGUAUGUUCUCAGUUGACUUCAGGGAUGAGGAGGCCGGAGAACCACUGAACGCCGGAGAGGUGAAGGUGAAAAUGGAUUCAACACAGGUGAAAAUGCCUGAGCACCUGGACACCAUGAAGCUGUGGUCCUUGAACCCCGACACGGGCAUGUGGGAGGAGGAGGGGAGCUUCCAAAUGGAGAAGAAGCAACGUGGUAAAAGGGAGGAGAGGACCUUCCUCAUUGGGAACAUGGAGAUCAGAGAGAGGAGGCUGUUUAACCUGGACGUCCCAGAGAACAGGAGGUGUUACAUCAAGGUGCGAGGCUUCCGCAGCGAUCGCUUCAUGCCCAGCGAGCAGGUAGAGGGAGUGGUGGUGACCUUGAUCAACAUGGAACCCACUGCAGGUUACUCCUCCAACCCUCGUGCUUGGGGACGCUUUGACAGCGUCAUCACUGGCCCCAAUGGUGCCUGCCUGCCUGCCUUCUGCGACGACCAGAAAGCUGACGCAUAUUCUGCCCACGUCAUGGCCAACAUGGGAGGAGAAGAACUCGAGGCUGUCCCGUCUGCUCCCAAAUUCAACCCCAACAUCAUUGGAGUCCCUCAGCCAUACCUGGGCAAGCUGAACUACAGACGGUCAGACCACAAUGACCCCAGGUUAAAGAAGACAGCCUUCAGCAUCAAUGUGGCCAAGCCCAGCCCAAACACAGCUGAAGAGCUCAAUGGACCUGUGUACUCAUUUGACCAACUGAAAGAGUGUGAGGAAGCCCCAUUUACUGCAGGCCACUUCCGCUUCACCAGAGUGGAGGGAGAUCGCUACGACUACAACACAGUGCCUUUCAACGAAGACGAUCCUAUGAGCUGGACAGAAGACUACCUGAGCUGGUGGCCCAAGCCCAUGGAGUACCGAGCCUGCUAUGUCAAGGUCAAGAUCAAUGGUCCCCAUGAGAUCAACGUGCGCUCCCGCAACCAGGGCGGCACUCACCCCAAGACCGUUGGCCAACUGUAUGGCCUCCGCGACACCCGCAGCAUCCGCGACAUGGACCAGUCCACCGUCUCUGCUGUGUGCCUGGAGUUCAAGUGCAGUGGCAUGCUCUACGACCAGGACCGAGUGGACCGCACUCUGAUGAAGGUGAUUCCUCAGGGCAGCUGUAAGAGGGACAAUGUUAACUCCAUGCUUCAAGCGUACCUGGUUAAUCACCUGCCUCUAGCCGUCAACAACGACACCAAUGAGUUCACAAUGCUGGCACCACUGGACCCUCUGGGCCACAACUAUGGCAUCUACACAGUGACAGACCAGGACCCCCGCACAGCUAAAGAGAUAGCACUGGGACGCUGCUUUGAUGGCACCUCUGAUGGCACUUCCCGUGUCAUGAAGAGCAACGAGGGAGUGGCACUUACCUUUACCUGUGGCAACCGUGAGGUGACCCGUCAAAGCGUGUUCCAGGCUCCGCAGAACUCCCCCGGGCAGUCUGUGGCGAGCGCAGUGAGGGGUGGCCGAGGCAGGAGGCAGAGAGCAGGAGCCAACGCACUCCGCAACAGCCGUAGACGCAGUACUCGGAAUCCCGCUGCCACACGCACCCAGAGCACCUCAGGCUAA